AUGGGGCGGGGGCGGAAGGUGAAGGUGGGGCGGCGACAGAGGGUGAAGAUAGGGCGGCGCCAGAAACGGCGUUCGCGGAGGAUAAGACCGAAAGAGAUUCAGGAGAGGAUAACAGAGAAAGAGUUUCAGGAGAGGCACAAUCUUCUGUUGGUCAAAUACUUGGAAACACUGAGGCAAUCCGAGGGAUUCGAUGUGUGUUCAGGACCACACUGGGCUAACCCACUGAAAGUAUUCCACUGUGCUGAUGGUUGUUGUGACUUAGCCCUCCUUUAUGCCAGGAUGGGCCUUCAUCGUUACAACUUACUCCAGGGGACAAAAUUUCAGCUCAGUAGAGUAAAGAAAUACAACAGGACCAGAAUGUGUGCUAUUCAGUCUUACUACAUGACUUUGGAAGCGGAGGAUGACUGUGGUUCUCUCCAAACCUUUCAGACUAAAAUUAGGGAGAGAGUAUACCGCAGAUUCAAUCUCGAGUGCACUGUUGCUAGACUCCUAGGUGAGAAGACCAUCGCAGUUGGUGAGGGCGACUUAGACGAUCCCAAGUUGCCUGAGUUGACUCGAGAGAACCCUUUUGUUGAAGAUGGCACCAACCGAUUCCGCUUGCUCAAGGAUUCAGAGCUUGAAGACAAUGACUGGAUCCGUUUGUACUUGGACCUUGCCGUUGCUACAACCAAUAGGAGCCUUGCCGUUAUAAAAGAAAGUCUGACCAAUUUGAAGAUUCUGAAAGUGGCUACUGAAAGUAGCCAGGGACUUGGAGACUAUGAUGCUGUUUUCUACAUAGAGUACGAGGACUCUUGUGAGCCUCGAGUUGGUAAAGAUGUCCACCGCGUUGCUAUUGUCAGAAGAUUCUUGGAUAAGCAGUCGCAAGUCUUGUGUCUCCGUGGUCAUAAUCAGAGCAUCAACAAAAUUGCUUCCAUGGAAGCUGGCUCCUCCUCUGCACUAGACUAG